GUUUCACUAGUGCUCAAUCCAGAUUGGAUUGAGCCCCUUUAAGCUGCUCGAAUCCGAGGCAUAAUUUCCAAGGCUCACAUCAUUCCAAUGGACAAUUCGAAAUCUACAGAGAACUCAAAUCCUUGACAAAACAAACCACUCCUCUCCCUCCCUCCCUCUCCCUCCCUAGCUGUGGGAAAGAACCACUACCAACAUCUCUGAAACACCAAGAACACGAGAAAAUUUGAUGGCCAGACCCACCAGCAUCUGGUUGCAUUAUGUCGCCUUUUUCUUGUUUUAUAGCACAAUCUUUUACUGCAACGCACAGACGCAGCCACCGCAAGAACCAAAUUACAUGAGGUUCGUGCUCAACGCCAGCGAAAUGCCCUCUGAAGAUAGUUACGAUUAUAUCAUUGUCGGCGGCGGAACCGCCGGUUGCCCGUUGGCGGCGACAUUGUCUCCUAUGUUUCGAGUUCUCGUGCUUGAACGUGGAGGUGUUGGCUAUGGCAAACUCAACUUGAUGACUCAAGAAGGGUUCUUGACCACCCUCAUGGAGAAUCCCCACACUUAUGAUUCACCUGUACAAUCUUUCACUUCUGGAGAUGGCGUCUCGAAUGCUCGGGGACGAGUUCUUGGCGGAAGCAGCGCCAUCAACGCCGGCUUCUACAGCCGUGCUGACGAAGAUUUCUUCAGAAGAUCAGGUCUAGCUUGGGACCUCAAGCUCGUGAAUGAAUCAUACGAAUGGGUUGAGAACCAAAUCGUGUUCAAACCAGUGAUCAAGACUUGGCAAUCUGCGGUUCGUGAUGGGUUGAUCGAAUCAGGGGUUGGCCCCUAUAAUGGAUUCAGUUUAGAUCACAAAAUCGGAACCAAAAUCGGUGGCUCAACGUUUGAUCCCACCGGAAAAAGACACAGUGCGGCGGACCUGUUAACUCAUGCCAGAGCACGCAAUAUCAGAGUAGCUAUAUAUGCGAACGUAGAGAGAAUCCUUCUUGCUUCAGAAACUUCAACUUCGAAACAAUCCGCAAUUGGGGUUGUGUAUCGUGAUCAAAUUGGAAUUUACCAUCACGCAAUAUUACGCGAACAUGGAGAAGUAAUUCUCAGUGCAGGCGCCAUUGGAACACCUCAGCUUCUUCUUCUGAGUGGAAUCGGUCCAAGGCCUUAUCUAUCUUCUUGGGGCAUUCCAGUAUCUCAUCAUCUUCCUUAUGUUGGACAGUUUCUCUACGAUAAUCCACGAAACAGUAUCAGCAUCGUGCCUUCAAUCCCACUCGAGCAUUCUCUCAUACAGGUUGUGGGCAUUACAGAUUCAGGAGCAUAUAUCGAAGCAGCUUCGAACGUGAUUCCAUUUACAUCCCCCCAUCGUUCUGCUUUUAUCAGAACACCAUCGUUGCCGCUUUACCUCACGGUGGCGACCCUCAUUGCGAAGACCACAGGUCCGGUGUCAAGUGGAUUUCUGAGACUGGCUUCGACAGACGUGAGGGUGAACCCCAUAGUUAGAUUCAAUUACUUCAACAAGGCGAUCGACGUUGAACGGUGUGUGAACGGGACGAGGAAGAUUGGGCAGAUUCUGAGAACCAGAGCGUUCGAUGGUUUCAAAUUCGGGAACUGGUUAUGGGGAUCAGAGUUCAGAUUCGUGGGGCCGGCGAUGCCUGUGAACCAGAUGAACUACGGGGAGAUGGCGGGUUUCUGUCGCCGGACGGUGAACACCAUAUGGCAUUAUCACGGCGGUUGUGUGGUGGGGAGGGUGGUGGACCCUACACUUAGGGUCAUCGGCGUUGCUUCGCUUCGUGUUGUGGAUGGUUCCGUCUUCAGUGUAUCGCCAGGCACAAAUCCUCAAGCCACCAUCAUGAUGCUUGGAAGAUACAUGGGGAGGAAGGUGAUCAAAGAAAGAGCGAGAAUACCCAAAAGCAAAUAAAUGUUGCUAAUUGACUUGCUCUAAGAGUCAAGUUAUUUUGUUGGCACAUUCCAUUGUAGGAUAUAGAAGAACGUCCAUUGAUUUAGACAACGUUGUUCUUUUCAAUGUGGUUGUUGUUUCCAUACCCUUUGAUUCAAAAUAUUUUCAACACAUGAUGUAUUGUACAUAAAAAUAGAAUACUGAGAGAAACGUGAA